GUUGAUGAUCUGGGCAGGAUGACUGAGGGUGUCAAGAGGCAGGUGUUGGAGGCUGGCCGGGUGUACGCUGUCCACCAAGACCAACACGGCCUCCGCUCCUCCAGGAUAACUACACAGGAUGGGCGGCUCUACCUGCACACACUCCAGAGCCAGCCCGCCCCCCUCCACGCCCACACCAUCCAGUUCACCGACGUUGUGGGCGCCCUGGACUGUUCCUCCACCCUGGUAUUUCUUGACCUGGGCUGGGCCGGGUCAACAAGAGGCCGGGUCCACAUCCGGCUUAGCCCCGACACUCCGCUCGGCAGACAAUUUACGUUGUUGUGUACGGGCCAGCGGGGCCACACCUACGCCAACACAAACUUACUGGAGGUGUGUAACAAGGGUAGUGAGAGGGAGUAUGUGCUGGGUGGAGACUACCAGUAUAAUGAUGGGAGGGGAGGAGCCUCACUACUGCCUGACCUCCAGGGUGAUUACCGCGGGUCAGGGAGUGCGGGGGAUGUGAGGUGGUGUUAUGAUGAUGAUGCCCGGGGUGCACAGUUCAUCAUCUUCACCAGGGACCACCGCUCUCUUAGUUUCCCUGUGGUGUUUGGUCAGGUGGAGAGCGGGCUGGAGGUGGUGAAGGCAGCAGCCAACCACAGUAACAUCAGGGAGGUGACUGUGGUUGACUGUGGUGUUGUGUUGACCAUCUAGUUCACUGUACCAUCACCAUGUCACCAUCACUUAUGUCACCAUCACCAU